AUAUAGAGUGUGUGCAUGUGCAUGUUUCUCCUUUAUCGUAUGUUUUAGAGAGCAGGGGAAUAUAAACUAAAGACUGAGGGAGGGAAACCUUAAUGGAUUCUGCACCAUUAGUGAGCCAUCCAGGCUAUCUGUGGCAGGCAAAUGACACGAUCGAGCUGCAGAAACCCCCCUGCAGGACCCCUACUGAUGUGAGCCUGGAAACAGAGUGAGCGAUAGGGGGAGAGGGAGAUGACUGUGUGAUUUAAUGUAAGGAAGCGAAGCAGCGUUCAAAUUGAUAAAGAGAGCAAGAGAAGCAGGAACAGAAAGAGAGGAGACAACCGCUGUAUGACUGGGGAACAGAGAAUCAAAGGGUGGAGUGGAGCGCUGCUACGGCUCUUCUAUUCUGUGCAUGGGAGGAGAAAGCGGGAAGUUGACAGCUGAAGCUUACCUCAGCAAAUACCGCAGCAGAUACCAGCCAAAAGGCUACCUCCUCCUCCUCCUCAUCCUCCUCCUCCAUUGUGCUGUCCGCUUGCUGGGAGAAUAAACCAUCUGCUCAGCUGCUUCUCUUCAUUUUCUUCAUUUUCUCUUAGUUCCACUCCCCUUUUACAUUUCCCUCCACCCCUUGUUGUUGGGUUUCCACACAGGGAUGCGGACUCAGCAGGGCUCGGAGGGGGGCGUGCCGCUGCCAGGGGGCAGUUGUGGUAGUAGCGGCAGUGGCAGCUCUGGGCUGUCACCGGGGUCUGAAUCAGACGGCGGGAGCCCAACAGGCAGAGGGGUGGACGGCAUGGUGGACGGAGGUCUUGGAGUGGGUGUAUGCAUGGGUGGAGGUGGAGGUGGAGGAGGAGGAGGCAGCUUGGGCGGCACUUUGAGGGGGGUCCUGUCUCGCUAUUGGAGUUUGGAAAGUCUGCACUCCACCACAGCUACAGUCGCUCCUGAUGGCACAUUAGAAAAGUCAGGGUUUGGGGAUGACCUGAGCAGUGAAGAGGACCUCCUCUAUGAUGAAUUUCGAGGAUCUGGACAUCGUUAUGGACACCCAGGAGGAGGCGGAGGAGAGCAACUCGCUAUCAAUGAGCUCAUCAGUGAUGGCAGUGUGGUGUAUGCAGAGGGGCUCUGGGACCAUGUUACCAUGGAUGACCAGGAGUUAGGUUUCAAGGCUGGUGAUGUCAUUGAAGUAGUGGAUGCAACUAACAAGGAGUGGUGGUGGGGUCGCAUCAUGGACAGUGAGGGCUGGUUCCCUGCCAGCUUUGUACGGUUGCGUGUCAACCAGGAUGAACCCAUGGACGAGUAUCUGGCCCACCUAGAGGAGGCUCAGGCUGGAGAAGAGGACCGGGCAAGUCUGGGCCUGUUGCUGGGACCUGGUUUACCCUGCAAAGAGCAGAUGAGAACAAAUGUCAUCAAUGAGAUCAUGAGCACAGAGAGAGACUACAUCAAGCACCUGAAAGACAUCUGUGAGGGUUACAUCAAACAGUGCCGCAAAAGGACAGACAUGUUCACUGAAGAGCAGCUUCGUACCAUCUUUGGGAAUAUCGAAGAGAUCUACCGAUUCCAAAGGAAGUUCCUCAAAGGUCUCGAGCAGAAGUUCAACAAGGAGCAGCCACAUCUGAGUGAGAUUGGUUGCUGCUUCCUUGAACAUCAAACAGAUUUCCAGAUCUAUUCAGAGUAUUGCAACAACCACCCCAAUGCCUGCAUCCAACUCUCCAAGUUGAUGAAGGUCAACAAGUAUGUAUUCUUCUUUGAGGCUUGCCGACUGCUUCAGAAGAUGAUUGACAUAUCUUUGGAUGGUUUUUUGCUGACUCCAGUUCAGAAGAUCUGCAAGUACCCGCUGCAGCUGGCAGAACUGCUCAAAUAUACCAACCCUCAGCACAGAGACUACAAAGAUGUGGACGCAGCUUUGAAUGCCAUGAAGAAUGUUGCCAGGCUUAUAAAUGAGAGAAAACGGCGCCUUGAGAACAUCGACAAGAUCGCUCAGUGGCAGAGCUCUAUAGAGGACUUUGAGGGUGAAGAUGUCCUCAGCAGAAGCUCUGAGCUCAUCUUUUCGGGAGAGCUGACAAAGCUAUCCCUGCCUCAGGCUAAGAGUCAACAGAGAAUGUUUUUCCUUUUUGACCAUCAGAUGGUGUACUGCAAAAAGGACCUCCUGCGCCGAGACAUGCUUUACUACAAGGGCCGGAUUGACAUGGACCACAUGGAGGUAAUAGAUCUGGAGGAUGGUAAGGAGAAAGACUUCAACAUCAGUGUGAAAAAUGCUCUGAAACUGCGUUCGCUGGCUGGUGAUGAAGUCCACCUCCUGUGUGCUAAGAAGCCUGAGCAGAAAGAGCGCUGGCUCCGAGCCUUCACUGAUGAGAGGAGGCAGGUCCAGCAAGACCGCGAGACAGGGUUCACUCUCACAGAGGUCCAAAAGAAACAGGCCAUGUUGAAUGCUGGCAAAAGCCAUCCAGCUGGGAAACCCAAAGCGGUGUCCAGACCUUACUAUGACUUCCUCCUGAGGCAGAAACACCCCUCUCUCCCCACUGCUUUGCCCCAGCAGCAGGUCUUUAUGCUGGCUGAGCCCAAGCGCAAGACCUCCACCUUCUGGCACAACAUCGGCAGACUGACGCCCUUCAAGAAGUAAAAACUGUAAGGGAAAAAAGCCUUGGAGAAAAGGAACAGAGAAGGAGAAAGAGUCUCUGUUCAUGCCUGAAUAGUCUGUUUUUAACCCUGCCUCUCUUUAAUUCCUACACAUAAUAUCCUCUAAUUACUGAUUUAAUGUAUAGAUAUGAAUUGAAUAUGUUAUCUUUUGAAAGCACUUUAUAUGUUGGUUAACAAUCAGACAUGGGAAUGGUCCUCUAGAGACAAUCAGUCAGAUAGGUAGAGUAAACUCUUGGUUCACUUAAUAAUAGACCUUGAAUCAAGCACUAAUUGGUACUAAAACUACUAUUGUACUACUACAGUACUAGUACUGUACAGCUGCAGGUGAGCGAGGGACUCCUGACUGUGCUGUCUCUGUGAAGACGUUGCCUGUCAACAAAACCUUGUUUAUUUUCACUCUUCUGUUGCUUCAUGAUUUGACAGAUGCCAAGUGUUUGUAGUGCCAGAUGAUCUGUUUUUAUAUUUGUUCCUUGUCUGCUUAUGAAGCAAGAACGUUUCUUGUGCGUUUCCAUGUACAGAAAUAUAAUUUCAGCUAUGUUUUGUUUCGUGAUUAUGAUCCACCAGGAUUUGGUUUUGUACUUCUCUGGUGUAAUGUGCAAACUCUUGACAAAUAUCAAACACAGCCCAAAUAAGAAUCAGCUCAGCACAUGUUCUCGGCUGUUCUGGCUCCACGGUCUGAACCUCGACGACUCCUGAUACCUGCCGUGUCAAUGAAAGUACGCAACUCGCUCGAUUUUGUUUUUCUUUCUGUUCUUUGUUGAAGUGCCAUUUGAAGUGUGUCAUGGAUGCUUUACAAUGACAUGCAUGGAUGUGCUUAAAAGAAAUACUGUGAGGAAUAUUUUUUUAUCACUGAAGAGCCCUGCUAUAUUUAACCUGAUAGCUGGUUAAAGCUGGUUUCAUUGUGCAGCCAUGCUGACAGCAUCUCUCUCUGUCUCACACACACACAUUCUUUUAUCUACCUGUAUUUCUGAUAUUCACUAUUCCUGCUCUGUGUAUCUGAUCUCCAGUAUAAUCUCAUGUCAGAUCAGUGCACCCCGGCGAUAUUGCUCUGUAAGUGCAUUUAGUGAAAUGUACUCCUUACUCCUUUCUGUUCAAAUAUUAAACGUUCCUAAAAUGACAUGUCGCUUUAACUUGGGGUGAUUUUUACUUUGUUUCAUGCCACUCUUUCUGGAGUUUCAUUUCUUUAACGACCAUGUGUAUGCUAACAUGGAGUACAAGCUAAGAUUUUCAUUUUAUAUAUUAAAAAAACCUGCUGA